AUGGAGGGAUACAGUAGCUGUAGGGUUAUCAUCGGAAAUGAAGCAAGAGUAAUUCCAGAGGAAGAGAGGGCCAUCCCAGAGCUCACACAUGAAUGGAAAGCCUAUGUCAAAGCGCCACCCGAAAUAGUCAAAAGAGUUGAAUUUAAGCUCCAUGAAUCCUUUAGCAACAGAUUAGUGAGUAAAGAAUACCCAUUCGAGGUUAUAGAGAGGGGAUGGGGCGAGUUUAGUAUUCAGAUGAAAAUUGUUUUAUUCAAUGGGGAGAAGAUAGCAACGAGCCAUUUUUUACAGCUUCAUGGUGAUUCUGAUAUAAUCGUAAACGAAAGAAUUGAUGAAAUUGUAUUUAAAGGCAGUGGAAAUGAAAGCACUAUCCUGGAAGAGGAGGAGGAGGAGUAUGAAAGAAUAGAGACAGGCAUUGUAAAUAUGCUGGAGAAGUUCAAAGAGAUUAAUGAGUAA